UUCGUCAGCUGCAACUCGGCUUCCCGCCACAUCUCGUUGAUUCGCUGUGGCAUCCUCCUUUCCAUCACUCGCUUCCUCUCGAUCUCCAACGUCAGGCCACCGUGGACGUCUAGAAAGUUCUUGAUUUCCUGCGUUGUCGUAGCUUCUCGGAUCUCCUUCAAUGGUGCACCCGCUGCUACCAUCGAUCUGAGUAAAUAGUUGGCACCGCCCUUAUUCAGCAGCAUUGUAAGGUCUGUGCAGGGUAAGGAUUUCUUCCCCGGUAUAUUGAAGUAGCAGUGCAAGAAUCGUAAACAGCAUCCAUAUGGAGCUACGAAGUUGUGGACAUCUGCACUUCAUCCAGGCUAUUCAAGGCGGUUCGAUAGUGAAAAUGCUUAAUGUUGCUCGUGGCAGGCCAAGACUUUCAUUUAAGAAAAUUGUAGAUAUAUAUGACAUUUCCGUGUUUGACAACAAUGUAAAGGUUGAAAGGUCAUGCAUUUAUGAAGAUGAGAAAAGAACGGUGAAAGCUGAAUCUGAUGCUGAUGCAUGCAGCGCCAAUGAUGGCGAUGAUGAGGCAGAUGUCUUGGAAGACUGUAAUUUUGGCAACCUUACUCUAAAGCAAAUCCAAGAGAGGUGCAAAUCGAGGAAGAGGAAACAUUGGCAAGGUCUUGACACAUCCAAGAGGAAACUAAAAAUUGAAGCUUCCUCAUCUGAAGAACAAUGCAUUGAGAAUCAUAUAGCAUCAAAUGAUUCUGAAUUCAUGGAGACUCUCAGUAGCUGGAGAUCUAAGUUAUCAAAGAAUAAGAAGGCCAAGAAGAGGAAGUGCAUAAAAGACCAAAUGUCUAGUGUUACACAAGAGGUCAUAUCUGCUGUCAAAUCUGAAGUGAUCCAAAAUAGUCAAGAGUCAGAAACUUCAACCGCACUUGUUGAAGUGAAGGCUGAGGUUCCUGAAAUUUCUUGGUCAGAUCCAUGGAGAAUGUUAUACAAUACUAGUAUUAAUUCUCAAGCUUGUUGCUGGCCUGAAGGCUUUCUUGGAAUAGUAGCCACAGAAGAGCCUGAGACAGCCCGAGAAUGUGUGUUGGGUUGUGAAUUAGAUUAUGAGUGGAAAGAGCACGCAGAUGCUACUCCACUUCGAAUUGUAUGGGACUCUAACACUGAUGUCUUGACUAGUGAUUCAAAUAUGAGCAAUGAACAAUCUCAAAACCUUCCUGCAAUAGAAUUUAUUAGUGAAGAAAGUGAAGAAUGUAUCAUGCGACCAGAUCUUCAUUCAAUGUCCCCAAGAACAAUCAAUUUGGAUGAAGAUCAAAACACCGAUAUCUUUUCUAAUCAACCUGACAGUCACAUUGCAAUCACACCACUUAUUGGUGAUGAAGAUAUUAAUUGUUUGGAUCUAGAUAGUGGAGGUAAUGAUGCUUUCUUUGGUGACUGCAGUAGUAGUGAAUAUACAUUGGUCAGUGAACACGGCUGUAAUCCUGAUGGAUCCUUGAAUUAUGGCUCAGAUGGUUCACCUGAUGAGUCCCAGGAUUGCAGCCCAGAUGCUUCACCUGUAUUAGAGGAGAAGCAGCUUACUUCGGCAAGUGUUGAUGAGGAUAGACAUGCUAGUGAAGCUACUGAUGAGUCAAUACCUUGGGAAAGCCACCAAAGUAGUUCAAAGCUGCAUCGUCCUCAAAGGCUGUUAUCAGGCAGAAAGACCAUUUCGCCUUCUUCACAAAUUAAGCUCUGCAAAGCCAUGCAGUCCAUUGAUUUACAUGACAAAGAAUAUACAACAUGUAAAGGGAAACUAUUCUUUGGCGAGCAGACUGAUGACGAGAAGAAAGACACUAUUGAAGAACUUAAUGAGAUUGUGGGAGCUCGAUUUACUAAGCAUUGUAACAAAAUUCGUAAGAUACCUAAGCCUCUUAAAAGAGUUUCCCAUCCUCAAGGCGUUCAAAAGAGUUCUCUUCCUUCGCGUUCAGCUUACCGCGUUAGCACUGGGCCCUCAUCCCUACAGAGUUGCGCAAAGAAUGCGAUUUCAUUUUCCAAGAGGCAGAUGCACGAUGCUGAAUGCCUUGCAAUGAAACUAACAAAUGAAUUGAAGUCAAUGAAGGACAUCAUGACUGCUAUGUUACGCUCUGAAUUAUGUCUGACCACACCUUUGAGAUAUAAAGUAAAUGAGGCAAGAACGGCGGUGAAGAAGGCAACAAGAGCUGAAGAAACUGCGAGACGAACCUUGUCCUUUAUGGCAAGGGAUUGUAGCCGUUUCUGUAAGCUAAUGCAAUUAGCUGACGAAGUUUCCCCUGCAUCUCAAGAUGUUUUAGUGCGUAAUAAUAGGAGUAAAAAGAUAGCUUUUGCUGAUGAAGCCGGAGGAAGGUUGUGCCAAGUCAGAUUUUAUGAGAAUGAGGAGGGGUCUUUGGUAGAAAGUGACAGAAAGGACAUAGUGCUUUGAUAAUUCUAUAGCCUCGUGUGUAUAGUACUUGUUUCAUAUCGCAAUCCUUCUAAUAAUCGAACAAACCAUUUUUAGUGGCUAGAUGGAUUUCAUGCUUAUGCGAGAAGUUCCAGAUUAUUACCAACAA